CUAGGACAGAGGAGUCGGCUGAUGUGGAGGGAAAGGGCCUCCAGAUCUAUAAAGCCUGUCCUCACCUAGAGCUGCUGAGGAUUGUCCCAGACUGCCACCAUCACAGUGUCACAGCCAGGGCUCCAGACCACCAGCAGCAUGGGCCCCCGGUUCCUCCUGGCUCUGUUCCUUGUCCUCCUGGUGUUGGGGUGCGAGGGCCAGGGGGCCAUGCUGCCCCAGGAAGAUGAGCCGGUCGCCCCAGCUCUGCUUGAGAAGGUUCAGAAAUCCCUCUUCAGUUACUGGGAUUCAGCCAGAGCAGCCGCACAAGGCCUGUACGAGACGACAUACCUGACCAGUGUAGACGAGAAACUCAGGGACAUGUACAGCAAAAGUUCAGCAGCCAUGAGCACUUACGCGGGCAUCUUCACAGACCAGCUCCUCACGCUCCUAAAGGGAGAGUAGAGCUACCCCGGCCGCAUCAUGGGGAAAGGGAGAACCCAGGGUUUGAGUCCCCAUUGGCUCUCCUCACCUGUUCAGGAUGGGAUGGAGUUCCACUGUUUCCUCCACUGUUAUCUUUCUGCACCCAUCUGUAGCCUGGAUUCUUUCAGUGAAGGAAUAAACCAAUCCAAGUUU